AUGCUUUACCUACCCGCUUUGUCUCUCACCUCUUUCUCAUUUCUCAUCGGCUUUUUAGCACUCCCCUCCUUUUUCAUUUUACAUCAUUCUUUCUCUUUAGUCUUUCCUCUGUUUAUUUCUCUUCUGUAUCUCUUUCCCUCUCUAUCACUCCCUCUUUUUUUCUUCCUAUGUUUACUCCUCCCUUUAGUUUUUCCGUCUUUCUUUUGUACUAUUAUCUGUUUUGUUUCUCUCUCUUUUUCUUUCUGUCGUUCUUUCACUUUCUCUUAUGUUAGUUUCUGUCUUUCUCAAUUCUUUCCAUAUUUCUUCGAACUCCCUUUUGCUGGACCGUCAUUUGUUGUUGUUGUUGUUGUUGUUCUUCUUCUUCUUCUUCUUCUUCUUCUUUCUUCUUCUUCUUCUUCUUGCCUUGUCUCUUGCUCUUCCUCUUUCUAUCCAUAUUUCCUCAUAUUUUCAUUAUUUUCUUCGUCUUUCUUUUACUUCAGUGUUUGUCUCCACUCCUCAAAAAUGUCUGGUUAUCUUUUCACUUACGUCCUAUAUAUUUACCUCUUCUUCUUCUUCUUCUUCUUCUUCUUCUUCUUCUUCUUCUUCUUCUUCUUCUUCUCCUCCUCCUCCUUCUUCUUCUUCUUCUUCUUCUCCUCCUCCUCCUCCUUCUUCUUCUUCUUCUUCUUCUCCUCCUCCUCCUCCUUCUUCUUCUUCGUCUUCUUCUUCUUCUUCUUCUUCUUCUUCUUCUUCUUCUUCUUCUUCUUCUCAACGUUGAAUCACUCUCUUUCUGUCUAUCUCUUUCUCUUUCUAUAUUUUGCUUACUUUCUCCUUUCUUUUUCUUCAUUGUCUGUUUCCUCCCUAUUUCUCUCUCUCCCUAUAUUUCUUUCACCUUCUAUUUCAAUCUCUAUCUUUCUCAUUUUUCUCUGCCUUUUCUUUUCCUACUAUCACCUUAUUGACUUUUUCCUUCUUCAUGUCCUCUUCUUUUUCUUUUCAACGCUGAUUCACCCUCUUUUUCUCUUCCCGUAUCUUUUUAGUUCCUCCGCCUUCAUUUAUCUUCUCUAUCUUUUCUUCUCUCUUCCUCUUUCUAUCCAUAUUUCCUCAUAUUUUCAUUAUUUUCUUCGUCUUUCUUUUACUUCAGUGUUUGCCCCCACUCCUCAAAGUCUUUCUAUAUAUUUUCUCUUUCUCCUUUUUUCAAAUAAUUUCUGGUUAUAUUUUAACUUACGUCCUAUAUAUUUAUUUCUUCUUCUUCUUCUUCUUCUUCUUCUUCUUCUUCUUCUUCUUCUUCUUCUUCUUCUUCUUCUUCAAUUCAUCAUCUUCUCUGCUCUUUCUCUGUUGAUUCCUCUCUUUUUUUCUCCCCUUAUUUCUCAAUGUAUACCCCCACUUCUUCUUCUUCUUCUUUAUACGCACCCCCUCUUUGUAUAUUUUAACAUCCUCUCUUUCUUAAUUCAUCAUCUUCUCUGCGCUUUUUCUGUUGAUUCCUCUCUUUUUUUCUCUCGUUAUUUCUCAAUCAAUGUUCCCGUUUUCUCCCAAAUACUUCACAUCCUCUCUUUCUCAAGACUUCUUCUUCUUCUUCUUCUUCUUCUUCUUCUUCUUCUUCUUCUUUAUACGCACCCCCUCUUUGUAUUUUUUAACAUCCUCUCUUUCUUAAUUCAUCAUCUUCUCUGCUAUUUCUCUGUUGAUUCCUCUCUUUUUUUCUCUCCUUAUUUCUCAAUAUAUACCCCCGUUUUCUCCCAAAUACUUCACAUCCUCUCUUUCUCAAGACUUCUUCUUCUUCUUCUUCAUAUGCCCCCCCCACUUUGUUUUUCUAACAUCCUCCCUUUCUCAAUUCAUCUUCUUCUCUGCUCUUUCUCUGUUGAUUCCUCUCUUUUUUCUCUCGUUAUUUCUCUAUCAAAUUUUCCCGUUUUCUCCCAAAUACUUCACAUCCUCUCUUUCUCGCAUCUUCCUCUUCUUCUUUUUCCCUUUUUGCCCAAUGAUUUCAAUCCAUGUAUCCAUUCAGAGAUUAUUUCUAUUUUGGACUCACUGUGUUUCCGCAUCACUGUCUACGCCAAUCGAGUGGCGGGUACUUUUAAAUCACACAUGAUGCAGCCGCUUCUGCAGUCAUGUCACGGACGUCACCCUCUGCUUUUCAUACCACCCGAAAUAAAAAUAGGCUUAAAGCAACAGUCAUGCGCAGAGCGAUCAGCUAAAAAAUAUAUAAAGAACAAUCUGGAACAAAUAAAACCACUGCAUAUAGGCUACCUUUAG